AACAACUGUACUGUGAGGAAUGGCAUUGGGUCGCCUAGUUUUGAAGAAUUUGCAGGAGAAGAUUGCCUCUAAAUCUUCACAUUUACUCUCUCCAGAGAAUACCAAAUGGGGUUCUCAACUUCUAAGGCGUCUCUCCACCGCAGAGCCCACAGCUGCGGGUGCCGCAAAGUCUGAAGUAGCCGUUUCCGAUGCCGGCAAGAAGUCUAAGCUCUUCCCCAGAAGACGCCGCCGCGGUGGUCUCUGGACGCGUAACGAUCGCGAUUUUACCCCUAGUAUUUGGGAUUUGUUUCCCUCAGGAUUUGGAAAUGCGCUGUUUCAAGCAACAGAGAAUAUGAACAGGCUAUUCGACAGGCUGAGCCUCAUUAACCCGACACAGCUGAUGGGUAGGUACAAGGAGGACGACAAGUGCUACAAAAUCCGGUACGAUGUUCCAGGGCUGAGGAAAGAGGACCUGAAAAUCACGGCAGAAGAUGGGUAUCUGACGAUAAAGGGGGAACACAAGGAAGAGGAGGAAGGAGGAGACGAGGACGAUGAGUUGUGGUCUUCUAGAAGGUAUGGGUUCUAUGACGCAAGCGUGAUGCUCCCUGAUGACGCCAAGGCUGAUGAGAUCAAAGCCGAGAUGAAAAAUGGCGUUCUCACUAUUACCAUUCCAAGAACUGAGCAGCCAAAGAAAAAUGUCAAGGAAAUUCAAGUGAUGUAGUGAAUUUGAAUCUGUGCGUUGUUUAAUUAUAUAUGUAUGUGAUGUGUCCCUUGGAGAGAUGUAUGUAACGAUGAAAUAAUUAAAUAAGCAGCUUGUAAACCUGUGUUACAUAAUCAUGCACAAAAGUUAUAUGAGAUUCUGUAUCUCAUCUAUCUUUUGUCUUAUAGUUCUUAUAUAAGGCUGUUUGAAUCGUUGCAUGCAA